UUCCCAACAUGCCCAGCCACGCCGCCAAUUUUAUACUGUCCUGGGGAUUACAAGAGCUCAGUAACAUACUAGACAAUGAGGGAGAACCUGUUGGCGAGGAGGGCUGUCCCAAUGUCUGUGCGAGGGGCGUUGCGGGCGUGUAACAAGGGCAGGAGAGGGGAAGUGGCUCAACAUGGCGGAUGAGAGGUGGUGUUUUAACGCUGCCGAGGGAGAGAAGAGCGGGUCUAGACGCCGUAUCUUAUGUUGUUUUCAGGACAAUGAAUGAAGGAGUCGUGGCAGUCACUCAGCUCAUGGCUGGGGAAGGGACAGACCUAAUGGAGGAAGGUGUAGAGCACACAAGUGUGGUAGUGGUUGAGGAAGGUGGAGGAGCAGUAACAGUAGAGCUUCCCGAUGGAUCGCAAGCUAUUGUUCGCAGUGCAGUAGCUGAAGAACAUCAAGAGGGUAUGGAGGGAGUAGCUAUACAACUUGAAGAUGGGAGGAUUGAAUACCUCUAUGGUGACACCUUUCUCCAGGCCGUGACAGACCAUCAAGAUCCACUUCUCGUACAAAAUAAUAGUGGGAAAUUUAAUUGCGGUUAUCCAAAUUGUGGGAAAUCUUACUCAUCACAGAAUCAUCUUAAAACUCACCAACGCAACCAUACAGGACAAAGACCUCAUGUGUGUGAGGUGUGCAAGAAAUGUUUUACUACUGGAUAUGCUCUGAAAUCACACUUGAGAACACAUACAGGAGAAAAACCUUUCCAGUGCCCUGACGAGCAAUGUGGAAAGUGUUUCAAGACUUCAGGAGAUCUUCAGAAACAUGUUCGCACACAUACAGGAGAACGUCCUUUCAAGUGUGAAAUGUGUGAUAAGUCGUUUACUACAUCCAAUAUCAGGAAAGUGCAUAUGAGGGUUCACACUGGAGAGAAACCAUAUGAGUGUCAGCAUGAAGGAUGUGGAAGAAAAUUUGCCUCUGCUACAAAUUACAGAAAUCAUUGCAGAAUUCAUACUGGAGAAAAACCCUAUGUUUGCUCUGUUGAGAAUUGUGGCAAGAGAUUUACUGAAUAUUCUUCACUGUAUAAACACCACAUGGUCCAUAAUCAACAGAAGCGAUAUUAUUGUGCACAGUGUGGUCGAUUCUAUAGGCAGCUUUCUACUUUGGCAGUCCAUAAGCGAACAGUCCAUAAUGUGAUUGAAAGUGAUGAUGGCCAAGUACUGUGGAUGGGAUCGGAAAUAGACAUGGGUCUGUUAACUGAAGACCAAGAUGGAGGAGACAUUACAACAGAGGAAGGGAGUUCUGUCAGUCAUGUCGCAAGCACUUCAUCUAAUGCGAGAACUGUCCAUAUUCCUGUGUCUGGUGGACUUAUGGUUAAGAAAGAGAUGAUUCCAGGCACAAUACUGAAUGCACAAUUAUCCUUGGAUGAUGGUUGCAUUAGGAUGCCCAGUGUAGAAGUUGGAAACCUAAUAAGUGGGGAUGCAUCUGGUGACACUUUGAUACAAGAUGACCGUAGUUCGACUCUGUCAAAUUUGGAUAUUGACAGUGCAGGAAAUGGCUCCAUCUUAGUCCUCACAGAUCCAUCACAACUAGCAGCAUUGCAACAGUUAGCAGUGGCUAGUGGAAGUACUGAGGGGAGUGGUGAUCAGAACGUUGGAGACACUGUGGAAGUUAUUAGAUUAGAUGACUUCACAGCUGUAGCAGAAUCCACUAUCACAGAAGACCUGGUGGAAAGUGUGGAUGCUAAACAGAAUGACUGGGAAAGCAAAGGAAAAAUUAUUGUGAUUAAAGAAAUAGAAACUAAAGGGAAGAAGACAUGAGUAUGGUGUAAACUGGUGUUUCAUUUUUAUGUACUAAUUCAAGGGAAAGAAAGAUAUGCUAUGGUUUUUGGAAAGUGGAAUAUUGAAGUGCUUUAGUGAGUUACUAGUAAAAGUUUGACAGGGUAAUAUGUUAAUUGCAAAUGACUUUAAAAAAUUUAAUAAAUUGAGCACUUCAAUAUGUGUAAUUUAACCUGAUAUAAUAUAGCUAUAAGUUAAGAAUGUUAUUUAUAUAUGGUAUUUAUCUGUUGAUGUGUUGCAUGAUUAAUAAUGAUAAAUACAAAACUUGUAAGUGCUUCCUAAUGUUAAUCUUUUUGGUAUAACAAAAAAAAAAUAUGAAAAUAUAAAACAAAAACAUUACAACCAAUUUUUUUUGGCAGCAGGAUUAGUAUUUAUGGCACCAAAGACCAAGGAGGGUCUUAUUUUCCCAGUAAAGUUCUCAAAAUAAGCCAUGUCAAUUCACUUAUGAUACUACAUCUUGAAAGGUUAUAGAUAAUUGUUGGAGCUCUGCUCAGAGGAGUUAAGAAAGGCAUUUUGGUGUCCAGUUGGUUAAGUACAGUGCAAGUUAUAAUUUGAAAAUAAAAAAAAAUCAUGUUGAGUUUGGCAGGUGAUGUAAUUAGCCACAACACUGUGAUAAGUACUGCUAAUUAAAUUAUUACUUUUUACCAAAUAAUAAACAAGAUUAUACAUGGCAUCCUCAGCUUUAGUUAAUGUUUUAUAUCCAGUUGUCAUGAAAGACUUCAUAUUGAGUGUUUAGUAACUGGUUUCUUAUUGUUGUCGAGAAUACAAGUAAUUCAGA